AUGAUACAUGAGCUAGCACUGGCGGUGCAAAAGAAGGUGCUGGGUCACGAGCAUCUCUAUACGCUGGGUAGUAUGCGCAGAUUGGCGCAAGUGCUUGAAGGCCGAAAGAAAUACGAAGAAGCAGAAAAGACGUACCGACAAGUGCCCGAAAAACAAGAGAAGAUCCUUGGGCGCGAGCACGACGCCACGCUUUCAAGCGUCACCAAUCUUGGAUCAGUGCUUAAACAACAAGGCAAGUACGAAGAGGCAGAAGAGAUGUACCGACGAGCAGUUGAUGGCUGGGUGAAGGUGCUUGGGCUACUACACCCAGAAACUCUCAAGACCUUAAGUAAACUUGGAUCAGUUCUGUUGAGCCAGGGCAGAUACGGGGAGGCAGAAGUGAUAUACGAACGAGCGCUCAAAGGCUUCGAGAAGGAGUUUGCACCAGAGCAUAUAUCAACACUUAACGCAGCUACGAACUUGGGCAGGGUCUACGAGAAGCUAGGCAAGGUUGAGCAAGCUGAGCAUAUGUAUCAGCGUGCGCUAGAUAGAGAUAAGAUCGCAUAG